AUGCAAGCAGCAGCCAUCGCCACGCCAAGGCUGGACAGGAUGCCAGGAAUGUUCUUCUCUGCUCACUCUGCCCACUCAAAAGAUCUAAAAGAAACUGGUCACUCACUUCUAGACGACAAAACACAAAAAAAGAGGCCUAAGACGUUUGGAAUGGACAUGAAAGCAUACCUGAGAUCUGUGAUCCCACAUCUGGAGUCUGGAAUAAAAUCUUCCAAGUCCAAGGACAUACUCUCUGCUGAUGAAGUAAUGCAGUGGUCUCAAUCCCUGGAAAAACUUCUUGCCACCCAAGCUGGUCAGGAUGUUUUUGGAAAUUUCCUGAAGUCUGAGUUCAGUGAGGAGAAUAUUGAGUUCUGGCUGGCUUGUGAAGACUACAAGAAAACAGAAUCUGACCAUUUGCACUGCAAGGCAGAGAAGAUAUAUAAAGCCUUUGUGCAUUCAGAUGCUGCUAAGCAAAUCAAUAUUGACUUUCGCACUCGAGAAUCUACUGCCAAGAGAAUUAAAGCACCAACUCACACAUGUUUCGAUGAAGCCCAAAAAGUCAUAUAUACUCUUAUGGAAAAGGACUCCUAUCCCAGGUUCCUGAAAUCAGAUAUUUACUUAAAUCUUCUAAAUGAACUUCAAGCUAAUAGUCUAAAGUGA